GAGCCACAGACUGUCGCGGCUCUGUUUCGCCCGGGCUCCGGAUUCCGGAUCAGCUCCGGCUUUAGUCCCCGUCUCCCACCCCCUCCCCUCCCCCCUCUCCCUCCCCGCUGCAUCGGGGGAGCUUCUCGCUCCAGUUUCCCCUCCUUCUGGAUAGAUUCCCAGGCGGUAUGGGGGACAAGAAGAGCCCGAACAGUUUUUCAAGGCCAAAGAGGCAAGCCAAACCUGGCUCGGAGGACGGCUUCUGGGACUGUAGUGUUUGCACCUACAGGAACAGUGCGGAAGCUUUCAAAUGCAGCAUUUGUGAUGUACGGAAAGGGACGUCCACACGAAAACCAAGAAUAAACUCUCAGUUGGUUGCACAACAAGUAGCACAGCAGUAUGCAACACCUCCACCUCCAAAAAAAGAGAAGAAGGAAAAGGUUGAAAAAGAUAAGCCUGACAAAGAGAAAGAAGUAAGCUCAAAUGCAAGCAAAAAGAACAGCAAUAAAAAGAUAAAGCCGAAGAUGGAACUUGAAAAAGGACCUCCGAGUGAAAUUAACAGUAUACAGUCUGGGAAAGCUGUAACAAAAACUGACAGCUUACACACUUCAAGGCCCAAGCUGAAAAAUGUAGACAGAAGUACUGCACAGCAGCUUGCAGUGACAGUGGGUAAUGUUACAGUAAUUAUAACAGACUUUAAAGAAAAAAUACGUUCCUCUUCCACAUCAUCGUCAACAGUCACAUCCAGUGCUGGAUCUGAGCAACAGAACCAAAGUAGCUCUGGAUCAGAGAGCACAGACAAGGGUUCAUCGCGUUCCUCUACACCAAAAGGUGAAAUGUCAGCAGUAAAUGAUGAAUCGUUCUGAGCUUUGCCAUGCUCCAGACCUGCACAUGCAAUGUGAAAAGUAUAAAUGAAUACUUUUGACAUUUUUUAUGUAUUCCCUUGGUUUUAUAUUUUCCUAACAAUCAUUUAUAAUGGAUGUGCUCCUGAAUCUACUUUUUUAUAAAUCUGUGCACAAUUUCCAUGUACAUUAUGUAUUUUGUUACAUUUGACUUUUAUUUAUUACAUUUGCAAAUUCCACCAUUUCCAACAUAUACUUUUUUGUAAGUUUUGUUGCCAGCAACUGUGCUGAUUAUUAGCAAUUUUAGAAAUGUUAAAUGUCUAACUGGUUUAAACAGAAUAAAAGUUUGUUAGAAACCAACACAUAAAACACUGGUGCUUAAUACACUGUGAAAUAAAUGCAGCAUUCAACGGAUAAGAUUAGGACAGUGCAUUCCAGCAGAGUUGAUCACGUUCUGCAAACUAUUGUAAUGAAAGCUGUCUUGUCCUCAGGAUUAACUCCUCAGAAACAGAAAAGACUGAGAAGAAGUACACUUGAGGCAACUGAACAAUGGCUUAAUUAGUUCAGUGUCUAUUAAGCAAUAGAUGUGGGUUCCUCCUUACACUUACCUGAAAAUUGUAUCAUUGUGUGCUGUAAAUGUAAUCACAUUUAAUGCUGUAGUUUCCCAGCCACCUAACUAACCUACAGACACAUUGCCUCAUACUUGACAGCAUGAUGCGACUUGUUUUAUAUUGACAUACAAAUUGAAACAGCUUACCAAUGGGGGGAGAAAGAUAUUUAAUUGUUCAGUGGCAAUUCAUUGAAGAACCCCUUGGCUCGAGUGCACCUACUGCAUUCUACUAAUGGUAAAUGACUUUGUUUUUUUACCGAGGAAGUAGAUAUCAGCAGCGCAUACAUAUUCGGAAGCAGCAUUGAUAAUGACUAAGAAUUUGUUGAUUUCUGAAAAAGGAAACAUUUUUAAAAACAGUAUUUUUGCCUUCAAGUAAACUGCUGUAGUUAUAAUUAAAAUAUGAGUUGUACAAUUAAAAUAUGGAUUGGUCAUUGCGACUUAAACAUUUUGACAUAUUAAGUAUCACCUUCAGUUUUAAGCACCAGCCAGUAAUGUUUGUAUUUUACGUACUGUUUUGACAUCUGUACAGUUAAAGCUAAAUCUGUAGUAAAUUAAAAAUGGGACAAACAAUGGGAGCUUGAUUGAGAAAGUCGUGCUGAAUCUCUUGGCAUUCCAUAAAUAAAAAUAAUUUGCUUCUGUUGGAUGUAACAACAGGAAAUCUCUAACCAUGGGCGGAAGCAAAUCGUAGCUUAGUGUUCUUCUUGAGUCCAUACUGUUCAUGGCCAUGCUGGUUACAGAAGGUCACUAAAUUGUGGGUAAUUUAAAUUGUGGCAAAUAAAACAGCACACUGAAAUUAUCCUGUCUGUUCGUUCUUAUGCACUCCCUUUGUCAUUUUUUUAAUAAUUGGUUUUGAGACCCACUUUUUAAAAAAUCCGUUUAAAAACUGCAAAAUUGUUGGGAUUUGAAGUACCAUGUUUUGUUUUGUUUUCUGUCCUGUCCCCUGCUUAGAAGAAAGUCCUCCUGUUAUUAAACAACUAGCUUCAGUAUUGGAAGUAGUGUUUCUUUCUUGGUGAGACAUUGAGAAACUCAAAGAACAAUCAUCUUCUGAUUAUAAUGAAUGACGAGUCUUGUAUGAUGAUACAAUGUGUGUGAUCAGUUAUCUUGAUAAAUACUCAAGUGCAUGCUUUUACAGAGACCUUGAACCUAGCAAUCGCCAACCAUUGGCACAUGACAUUGGAAAGAUUUGUCUAAUAAGUACUGUGGUCUGUUGCUUCCACAUUAAUCUUAAACGGUCAUGAGGAAAAAUAAGUUAUCACUAACAGUUGAGUUUCAUGGAAGGAAUUUAUUCUAAAUUUCAAUUAGCAAGCAUAAAUUACUUACUUAAUACUAUGAUAUUGUUUCUUGCAUUUGGAAUAACUAGUAAAUUACUUAAAAUACAUUAUGUAAUGUAUUGAUUUUUAAAUCUUCAAGUUUUUAUGUUAAAUUUGCAUUUAAUUAUCAAAUAUUAAGUAUUUAUUUGAUAUUGUCACUAACAGGAAGGCAUUCCCAUUGUUCCUUAAUGGCUAAAUGUUGGGCUGAUGAAGGCUGGGAUAUAAUGUGUACAUAUGCAAGUCCCAUGUAACAGUUAGACAAUUCUUCCCUUCUAUUAAGAUUUGUUUCACUUCCAUGCUGUGAUUUAGCUUUGUGCAAAACAAUGCACUUAGAUUUUGCAAACUUGGAUAUUUUUCUUUCUUGUAAAUUGUAUCUCUGGAAUUUAUUAUUUCUCUGUGCAGUGUUAAUACUUAAAUUGUUUGAAAUAAAGUUUACACAAAAUGCUUCACUUAAUAUUGUGGUUUCGGAAGGUGACAAACUUGAGAAUGAAUUUUAUUUUAAAUACAAUGGCCUUCAGAAACAUAUGGAACACUAGCUGUACAGAUAAUUCAGCAUCAGAGUGGAAAAUGAAGUUUAAUAAAUAUCACAAUGAUGCUACGGCAGGCAAAAACUGAAUGCAAUUUUCAUGUAAUGUAAUGAACCCGCAGUCUAUUGAAGAACUAUUUUUAUUUGGUUAGGUGCUGUCCUUUAGGGUAAUAGCCAGCUUCCAUGUGCUGCUUAGCCUAGUUUUUUUUUAACUUAGGACCUGACAGCUUUUCUGCAGUGCCUCCUGAAUUGAAACUACACAGCCAAAUAGGCAUGUUGUUGAUGACUUGGAAACUAGUCACUAUUUUAAUGUUAUAUUCUGUAGACUGAAUUGGUGCACAGACUUUUUUUAAACAGUCUUUAAAGCGACAGUAAUUCUGCAAGUUGAAAUUGGUUAAGUGUUUAAACAUAAUGAGCCACUUUCAAAGUUAAUGAAACUUGUAUAAAAACAUUUCUAACUAUUUCUGGAAAUUCCUUAUUGGAAAGAGUGGCACUUCAUCUGCCUUACCAAAAAUAUUUCAGUCUACUUUUAUAAACUAUUGUAACUUAAAUUAUUGAUAAAGUGUAAUGUUUGCUGGAAAUAUUAAAAUGCUUGUAAGUAACUUGAAAGGGUUCGAGAGCCAACAUUUAGAAAAUGACAACGAACUGAACAGUUUUUUUAAUGCGCAAGCAGUUCUGUUCUUGUGUAUGACUUGUAACCUUUAUUUACUGUGUAAAGAUGGUUACAUUGUUAUUUCUUAGCUUUGUUCUUUGGAGACCCAUAUAGAAUGCUUGUUUAAAGUGGCAUAACAUAAUCUUGUGAAUUUUGUUAUUGUAUUAUACAAGGUAUAUUUUCAUUUGCCCAGAAAGAUGUCCUGUAUAAUGCUUUGAAAGUUUUUUGCUCUGUAAAUUAAAUAGGGCUGACAGCGUGCUAGAUUUGUUUUCUUUAAUCUUCAUGCUGGUGUGUUCAUGGUGGUUUUGUGAGCUGGUAAAAUUAUUUCCAGAUCUUAAAUGUUUUGGGGACUUUAUAAUCUACACUGCUUUUUGUCUAGCAAAUAAAAGAUGUUAAUAUAUUCCUGUUACUGGCAUGUGCACGAAUAUGUUAUUAGAAGCCACUUUAUUAUUUCCUCCUUAUCUGCUUCAAAUAGAAAUGUCUAUUUAUGAAUUCUGCUUGUAGUUUUUCACAAAUAAAAUAGUUAAAAUUGA